AUAUACGUUGAUGGAUUGACCAGCCAAAAGGAGCCACAACCAUGCACCACCACAAGAAACGAAAGCAUCCCGACUAUGGGGACAACAAAAGCACCAGCUACGGCAACGACCGGAGGGAACAACAAUAUAAGCAGCACCAGCAACAACAACAACAACAACAACAACAACACCAGCAGCACCAUUGCGAUUGCCAUCACGAGCCACACCAGCAACCCAAUGUACCUUAUGUGGAGCACGUGGACGGAAGGCGUUUCUACAGCGAUCGGUUUUACCUGAACGAGAACGAUAGCGGGGGGACACGCCACAAUAGCAACGAGAACAACAAUAGCAACAACAACAACAACACCGGUGCCUGCGCCUGCGGGAGCGCCGGAGACCCGCCGGCCUUUCCCCUGGUGGACUUUGUCCAGCGGUCCCUGGACCUGUCGGCGGCCCUUCUGGGAACCUUUCGCGUCCACCCGGAGUGGUUCGUCGAGAGCUUUCCCUCCUUUGUGGGCGCGGGAGAAAGGGAGGACGGAAGCGGGGGGGGAARCRGGGGCGUCCCCACCCUGGUGCUCCACGGCCACAAGGGUUUGGAAAAGGCCCUCGGGGAGCGCCUGGAACGGCCGAGCCGCACCGAUGCUUCCCUCGACGCCGGCUCCGGGGACGAGGGCAGCGCCRGYGGCAGCGGCUCUUCACCGAGCGAGCCGUCGCCGAGGGCCCGGUUCUUUCUUCCCUCCACGGCCUCGGCGACCGAGGCCGCCAGGUGCCUCCUCCGCAGCCCCCGCCUGGAGCUGUGUCGGGUGGACACCCGGUGGAAUGCGAGGCGGUUCCGGCGGCCCGGGGAGGGCCCCGGACCGGCCGGGGUGUCCUCCGAGGACCGGCGGGAACGGGGAGGCAGCAACAGGAACAACAACAGCAACAACAGCAGCAACAACAACAGGAACAACGACCACCUCGAGCAACGCUUCGGAGUCCACCACCCAAAGUUCAUGCUUCUGCUGGAAAAAGGAUCGGGGGACCUGGUCGUUAUCGUCACCACCUCCAACCUCACGCCACCGUCCGAAUCAACCGUGGAGGGAACCUGGGUCCAGCGGUUUCGCCGCAGGAAACCAGGGCAGACCCCCGACCGAAACAACCACAAUCUCCACAAAACCAACGACUUUGGACCGGUCCUGCAGGAUUUUUUGGUGCGGCUCUCGGAGGCGAUGGGAAGCGGUGUCGAAGACAUUAACAUUAAUAGCAACAGCAACAGCAACAGCAACAGCAACAGCAACAGCAACAGCAACAGCAACAGCAACAGCAACAGCAACAAAAACAAAAACAAAAACAAAAACAAAGGAGGCUGUUCCUCGCGGCUCGAGGCCUUUUUGUGCAKGCACAUCCCCGGCCUGGACUCUCUCUCGGAAUUYGCCUCYGCCUUUUGCUUCGAGGCCGCGGGGGCCUUUCUGGUUCCCGUCGUCCCGGGCGACUGCCGGUACGAUUCCGAGCAGGCCGCAAACGCCCUGGCYKCUGGAAAGCCACCCCCGGUUUGCUACGGCCGCCAGCGGGUCCGGUGCGUCCUGGACCACCUGGCGAAAGGGGCACCGAGGAUCACCAAGAAGACGCAAGACCCGGCCAAGUCGGACCGSCUCCUCCUGCAGCCCACCAGCCUGGGGGGCGACUGGGACCGGUCCCAGUGGGCGAGCCUGGUCCGCGGGUACAUGGGCUACGGCAACGGCAACGGCAACGGCGAGGGCCCGUGCGAGAACCCGUGCCACCGGGACGACUUUUGGGUGUCCGGCCAGGCGGACGUUCUCUGGCCGUCCGAUCGCUUCGUGAUCGGUGCCACCCGAUCGGGGGGCAGCRGGUUUCGCGGGAAGAACGGGAUCGGCGCGGGCACCCCGGUCGUGGGCAGAGGCCCGUCUGCUUGGGGACCUACGGGGCCGUCUUCCGCGGCCGUCGUCAGCCCGCUCCAGGAAAYAAGYUUCUCCACCCCCAAGAAGACCCAUCCGAGUGCCCCCGGGGGRACCGAGCCAAUGCCAGAGCCCGUUCCGGCRGUGGUGGCGUCCGCCCUCUUCAACUCCUCCCGGACCUUCAACUCGUGCGACCCCGAGUUCCUCUCGCGGCUGGCCCUCUACCGGGCCGCGCCCUCGGCCAACAGCGGUACCAACACGACCAGCGGAUCGGCGGCGGUGCCCCACUUCAAGAGCGUCGCCCGCCUCUUCUCGAACCAUUCCGCCAUGCGCAGGCGGGGGGUCCCGCCAUCGGAUGCCUACUUUUCCUGGUUCCUCAUGACCAGCGCGUGCCUCUCCCAGGGGGCCCAGGGGAGGGCCCUCGGAGGGGGGGAACCGCCUUYUUCCGGCGCGGUGGCCUACCGCAACUUCGAGCUCGGAGUCCUGUUCGUCAGCCACCUGCCCAAAACGAGCAGAAAGGGAGCCAACCGCAAGGGUUCCUCCGGGAGCAGGGGCCGCGUCUAUUGCUUCCGCCCCCGUGUCUGCUCUUGCGGUGGUGCCUCCCGGGACGGCAACGGCGGGAUCGACGACAACGAAAACAACGACAACAACCACAACAACGACGACAACCGCAGCGAUGGGGCGGAACGGGCACCAACACUGGUGCAYCUGCCCGUUCCCUACGACGUCCGACGGGAGUCCUAUUUCCAAACACGCAUCGGCAGCGACGAGGAAGACGACGACGACACGGAGCUGGUGAUGAAGGAAAAUCCCUACUUUCACGAAAUUCUGGACUCGAGCCGGUGUGUAGGGAACAUGCUCCUGACUCCGUUCGGACAAGAAGAAUAUCAGAAGCAAAUACUAGAAUAGACAAACAUGCCCGAAAACAGUCGGUGGAAACUCUGGGCUCAAAGAUCGAGAAACGGGAACCCGUCGCGGUGUCGGACGCUAGCAACAAACGUAAUAGAAAUCCCGAACGCAC